UUCACAACACAAGAAUGAAAUAUUCAGUAGCAAUCCUUUUCGCCAUUGUGGCCUGUGUCCUUGUGGCACAACAGCAAGUGGCAGCUAAAUCGAUAAGCAGCAAGGUUAGCGAUAAAACUAACGAGAUCACCAAUAAGGUCGAUGAUAAAACUAACGAGAUCACCAACAAGGUCGAUGACAAAACCAAUCAGAUAACUGAUAAAAUCGAUGACAAAACUAAUCAGAUAACCGAUAAAGUAGAUGACAAGACCAACGAGAUCACCAACAAAGUGGACAAGAAAACUGAUAAAAUAUCCAAGAAAGUGGAUAAGAAAGCCAAUAAAAUUUCCAAGAAAGUCGAUAAGAAAACCGAUGAAGUGACUAACAAAGUGGACAAGAAGGUUAAUCACAUUGUAAACAAAAUCUAAAGACCGCACACUAAUUCUGUUCUUUUUUUUUUAAUGAAUUCUUUUAAUAAAUAAAUUCUG